AUGGGCUCUAUUACCAGUGACAUGGGCUCGCCAACGGAUUAUGCGUUUACUGUCUACCGCGGCACAUUCAUUCAAUCAAUUCUGCCAGACUCGGGGUCCAAACCUGAAUUAUCUCGCAACCAAGGCGCAUUAUGGGUCUGCGCUGUCGAUGGCCGGAUUCGAGGUUGGGACUGGCAUGGCAAUGAUGAGAUUGCGUUCGCUGAAUUGAUGAGUCGGAGUGGGUGGGUAGAUAUCGAUACCAUUGAGGCCCAGGGGCAAGUCAGUGGUCAUGGUUCGAACAUCAAAGUAAGGAUUGUUACCGCAAACGAGGAAAAAAACGAGUUCUUCUUCCCCGGUUUUAUUGACACCCACAUCCAUGCCCCGCAAUACCCAAACGCGGGCCUUUUUGGCUCAUCAACGCUUCUAGACUGGUUAGAGACCUACACAUUCCCAGUAGAGUCACGGUUCGGGUCCGCACCAGACCCAAGAACAGGCCACCAAACCAAAACCGAUCCCCAAGAAACACCCCUCUUAGCCCAGAAAAUCUACGACCAAGUCAUCUCUCGCACUCUAUCCCACGGCACAACUUGCGCCUCAUACUACGCAACAAACCACAUCCCAGCAACCAACGCCCUCUCAUCCCUCUGCCACACCCGCGGCCAACGCGCCUUCGUCGGCCGCGCAUGCAUGGAUAAUACAGACUUCUGCGUAGACUACUACCGCGACUUCAGCGCCGAUGACUCCGUCGUCGCAACUCGCCAGACAAUCGAGUAUAUCCACACCCUGGACCCAGAAGGAAAGCUCGUGAAGCCGAUCAUCACACCGCGCUUUGCGCCCUCAUGCACGAGACCCGCACUACAGAGCCUGGGCGAACUGGCAGCAAGCUAUUCACCCCCACUGCAUAUCCAGACACAUAUCUCGGAGAACAUGAGCGAGCUCGCGCUCGUUAAAGAGCUCUUCCCCGAGGCAGACAGUUACGCCGCUGUUUAUGAUAAAUACAACCUGCUGACGCCGCGCACGAUCCUCGCGCAUGCGGUGCAUCUAUCGGCGGAUGAGCGCGCUCUGAUCCGCGCACGCGAGGCGAAGAUCUCCCACUGUCCGGCGUCGAACUCGGCGCUGGGGUCCGGGAUUUGUCCUGUAAGGACGCUGCUCGAUGAGGGGAUUACGGUUGGGCUUGGAACAGAUGUUAGUGGAGGGUAUAGUCCUAGUAUUCUUGAGGCGGCGCGACAGGCUUGUCUUGCUUCGCGGUUAUUGGGUCAAUCGGCUGCGUGGCAGAGGGAUCAUAUGAAAGGUGUGAAUGGGGGUGGGUCGGAUGGAUGGGAGAAAUUAUCUGCUGAGGAAAGUCUUUAUCUUGCUACGCGUGGUGGAGCGGCAGUCGUUGAUAUGGCAAGUGAUCUCGGGGGGUUUGACAUGGGGAUGUUGUGGGAUGUGCAGUUGAUUCGGCUUGGCGGGGUCAAGUUGACAGGGAAGAGCCCGUUAGAUGGUGUUCCUGGUGAUGGGAGUGCGGAUCUUGUCAAGAAUGGUCCUGUGGGGAAUGUUGAUCUGUUUGGGACGGAGAGUUGGGAGGAGAAGAUUCAGAAAUGGCUUUGGGGUGGCGAUGAUCGGAAUGUGAAGGCUGUCUGGGUUGGGGGGAGAUUGGUCCAUUCAAGGGCUUGA